AUCAUCAACGAGGCGAAGGAGAGGAAGGAGAAAGAGAGGCAGACGAAAGCAGUACCUAUUCCUCCACCGCGCAGCACUAACCCCGAACCCCCAACCAGUCCCAUUGCGGGACCCUCACGCCCCCGCCCCGAUACACCCGUCGUCUUUCGCAAAGUCGACCCCGACUGGACACCCGACACCACUCAAUGGACGUGGGACAGCUCCUGGCCGCAUCAGAAGCACCUCUCUGGCGAGGAAUGGAUGAACGUGGGGAGGAAUGCGCGCAAGGAGUGGUUCGACGAAGAAGAGGAUGACGGCGUAGAUUGGGAGCUAUACGGAGAUGGUGAGCAUUGGUCGAACCCUAAGUUCGACCUGGUUAUCCAUUCAAGUCUCUGCUCCUCCUCGCUUGGGGUAGUGGUCAUUCUCGACUUCCUCGCUCGAUCUUCAGGACGACGUACUGUCCAUAAGCCCUCGCUCGUCGUCUACGAGUCAGGCAUCAACAUAGGAGUAUAG